AGGUUUCAGUGUUACAACCAUGAUCAAAUUAUUGCUGUUAUUGACCCUCUCAAGUGCCACACUCGCGGCUUUAGACGAAGUCUUUGCCUGGAACGAAUUAACCUUCGCAUGGCCAAGCGAAGAAGCGAAGGAAAAUGCGGUGAAAUCCGGGGAGUACGUCCCGGAAAAUAAUCUACCCUUGGGGUUAGGUCGCUGGAAGGAUAAAUUGUUUGUCACAGUGCCCAGAUGGAAAUCUGGAGUCGCAGCUUCGCUCAACUACAUUUCCCUUUCAUCCGCAAACAAAACAAGUCCUCUAACGCCUUACCCCAGCUGGAAAGCCAACACCCUCCCUAAAGGUGACGAAAAACCCGCCGAAGACCUCAUUGUCUCCACUUUCCGCGUCAAAGUCGACCCGUGUGAUCGUCUUUGGGUAAUGGACACAGGCCUAGCUGACAUAUUCGGCGAGGGAAAACAAGUAUCACCUCAGGCGAUUGUCGUUUUCGAUCUCAAAACAGAUAAAUUAAUCCGAAGGUAUAAUUUGAAACACACCGAUUUCAAAGAAGAGUCGUUCUUUGCGAACAUUGUAGUGGAUGUGAACCCUGACAAAUGCGACGAGGCUUUUGCCUACAUCCCUGACUUGGGGGCCUACAGCCUUGUGGUUUAUUCCUGGGCGGCCAACGACUCCUGGAGGGUCAAACACAACUUCUUCCACUUCGACCCCUUGAAAGGCGACUUCAACGUCGGAGGGGUCAACUUCCAGUGGACCGAUGGGGUCUUUGGGUUGGCCCUAGGGCCCAUGCAAGAUAAUGGGUUCAGGACCAUGUAUUUCCACCCCUUGGCCAGCACCCGCGAGUUCUCCGUCUCCACCCAGGUCUUGAAGAACAAGACUUUGGCCACGGACCCCCACAAUUACUACAUGUUUAAGAUUGAAGGUAAUCGAGGUGAUCAGACGCAAGCAUCUGCGUCAGAUUUCGACGAAAAAUCCAACGUCCUGUUUCUCACUCAAUUGAAUAGAGACGGAGUUGCGUGUUGGAAUCCCAAAAAGCCGCUCAAUUCGAUGAAUUUAGCAUUGGUUGUGCAAGAUAAGGAAGCUUUGAUUUUCACUAAUGACAUUAAGGUCGAUGCCGAGAGAAAUUUGUGGAUUUUGUCAGAUCGUAUGCCCACUUUCCUUUACCGGAAAUUGGAUCCCUCGCAAGUUAAUUACAGAAUUUUCAAAGCAAAUGUUGAUGAACUUAUCAAAAACACAGCUUGUUCUGUUUAAAUUUGUGUUUUAAUACACAAAUAUUUACUACGUUUUGUAACUUUUUUACGAAAUAAAUGUAUUUCUAAAUAA